AUGGCGGCCACAAAAUCCCCCAUCGUCGACAUCCACACUCACGUAUACCCGCCCUCCUACAUCAGCCUCCUCAAAUCCCGCUCCAGCAUCCCCUACAUCCGCUCCUUUCCCCCGUCUUCCUCUCUGCGGCUCGUGAUCCUGCCCGCCGAGGACACCGAGAGCACGUCGCGGGGCCGCCCCGUCGGCGCCGAGUACUACGAGAUCGCCGAGAAGAUCAAGUUCAUGGACGUGCACGGCAUCGACAUCUCGGUGAUCUCGCUGGCGAACCCGUGGCUGGACUGGGUCCCUGCGGACGAGGCGGCCGAAGCGGCGCGGAGCAUCAACGACGAGGUGGAUCGCGAGUGUGCCAAGUACCCCGGGAGGCUGUUCGCGUUCGCGACGCUGCCGCUGAGUGGUGGGCGGGACGUCAUCGUUCGGGAGAUCGAGAGAUUGAAGACGUUGACGUAUAUGCGGGGGGUGAUCCUAGGAACGACGGGGCUGGGGAAGGGUCUGGAUGAUCCGGAACUAAGGCCGAUUUUCAAAGCGUUGCAGGAUGCACAGCUGCCCAUCUUCUUGCAUCCGCAUUAUGGGUUGCCGGGCUCCGUGUGGGGAGAGCAAGCCGGCGAUUAUGGACAUGUGUUGCCGCUGGCGCUGGGCUUCCCCAUGGAGACGACGAUCGCUGUCACGAGAAUGAUACUGGCGGGUGUGUUUGAGGAGGUGCCGGAGCUGCAGAUGAUAUUGGCGCAUUCGGGGGGCACGCUGCCGUUCUUGGCGGGGCGGAUCGAGAGCUGUAUGGAACAUGAUGGACACUUGAAAGCGGAGGGGAAGCUGGGGAAGGGGAGGAAGACGGUGUGGGAUGUGUUGAAGAAGAAUAUCUAUCUUGAUGCGGUGAUCUAUGGGGAUGUAGGCCUCAAAGCGGCGAUCCAGGCCAGUGGGGAGGACAGGAUCAUGUUUGGUACGGAUCAUCCUUUCUUCCCGCCGCUGGGAGAGGAGGACGAGAAGUGGUUGAGUGUCGAGACGAAUUAUGAGGGUAUCAAAAAGGCACUGGGAACUGAUACCGAGGGAGCAAAAGCAGCGUUGGGUGGAAAUGCUGUGAGGGUCUUGAAUUUAUCUAUCUGA